CACCGUCACAGAAAGUAGUUCUGUUGUAAAACACAUUUUCUUUCAGUUAUUUAACCCAUCUUUCAGCACAUACACCCCAUUCAAACUCACUAUACUACUUUGUAGGAGAUCCAACGUGUUGGGACGGUAAAAUAACCUUUGUACAGUCCACUUUCCUUACCCCCUUCCUCUCCCUCUUCCUGCGCGCAUUGAUAAUUCUGGUGCUGUGGCUGUGGUGAAUGAGAUUGAAGAAGAGUUCUUGUUUUGUAUCUCAGUUUCUCUCUUUUUUAAAACAUAAAUUCAAUUUGAAGAAAUUACAAAAUAAAAUAGACAAACUGGACGUUACCAAAUGUAGGCUUGUGAACCCGCUAGGGUAGUAAUUCUACCGGCGAUCCUGUAUCGACUUGGGGUGUUUGAAAAUAUUUAUUUAAAUAAUUUGUGAGGAGAGAAGGACUACUGCUCAAGUGAGUAGAGGAGGGGAGCUGGAGGGAGGAGCCCAGAUCAUUGGCCAGGUGGCAGACGGUAUUCUCGCGCUCUCUGUUCCACUGACGGCAUUCAUGAUGGAGCUGCAGAGCCUACAGGAAGCUCUGAAGGUGGAGAUCCAAGUUCAUCAGAAACUGGUUGCUCAAAUGAAGCAGGAUCCUCAAAAUGCUGACCUGAAGAAACAGCUCCAUGAACUCCAGGCCAAGAUCACUUCUCUGAGUGAGAAACAGAAAAAGGUGGUGGAGCAGCUACGCAAGGACCUGAUGGUGAAGCAGGAGCCGGAGCUGAAGCUGCAGCUGCAGACUCAGACAGCCCUGCCCCUGCAGACGGCCCUGCAGAGCCAGACCACUCUGCCCCUGCAGUUGCAGACGCAGAUCCCAGACACCAAGCACCUUCAGCUACAGCUCACCGCGACACCGGCCCAGCAACCCACGCCACCACAGAACACAGGGGUGCAACAGAAGACCCUGACGGUCACCCCCCUACUCACCACCAAGACGCUACCUCUUGUGCUGAAAGCUGCCACCACCAUGCCGCCUGCUGCUGCGAUGCCCGUGAUGCCAGCUGCAGCUGCCGGGCCCGGCCAGUGCCCGCCCACGUUGGCUAUGGUGACCACCGCCCUCGGCGGCGUGCCCGCCAAGCCAAUGGCCAACUCCGAUUCGCCAGUCACGGCCACCCCCAUGAACCUGCAGUUGGCUGCUGGCAAAUUGACCAGUCAGAACUCGGACCACUUACGCAUCAUCGCCAAGAACGCCAUUGUGGUGCAGGCCGCCACCACCACCACCUCAGCCCAGCCAAUCAAAGUUCCUCAGUUUGUCCCUCCUGCUAGAGCCACACCUCGGCCCGCCUACCUGCCUCAGGUAAGGCCCAAACCUCCGGCAUCCAACAACAUCGUGCCCAUCGCCCCUGCUCCUGGCCCCACCUCGUGCCCUCCCCCUCCCAUGGUUGCCGCGCCGACACAGAUGCUCCAACGGCCUAUCAUGUUGGCCACCAAGCUAAGCCCCACCUCUCUGUCACAGACCACCACACCAAUCCAUCAGGUGCGCAUUGUCAACGGCCAGACCUGCGCCGCCCUGGCCACCAAGAGCCCGCCCAGCGGACAAGUGACCGGCAUCGUCACCAUCAGCGCCCAGCCCGCUCCCCAGCUGCAUAUCAGUAGCCUCCCCACAGACACCAAGACUGUUAAAUCUCAGGAGAGGGCCGAGCCGGUUCGGGGAACCAGCACCCCAUCCUCCACUCCCCCGCCUCCCCCACCUGCAGCCAAACCCAGACGAGAGGAGAACCCUCAGAAACUUGCCUUCAUGGUGUCACUGGGACUGGUAACGCACGACCACCUGGAAGAGAUCCAGAGCAGGAGGCAGGAGCGGAAAAGAAGAACAACAGCCAACCCUGUCUACAGUGGCGCAGUGUUUGAACCAGAGAGGAAGAAGAGUGCUGUGACCUACCUGAACACACCGCUCCAUCAGGGCACCCGGAAGAGAGGUCGCCCUCCCAAAUACAGCAACAGUGGCGUGGAGCACAGCGCCGCUCCACCUGCCAUUCGCCCCCCCACCUGCGGCCCGCCCGCCUCCCUCACCCCCGAGCGCCUCGACCCGGGGGGGCUGACCUUCCCCGCACACCCCCACCACACUCUCCCUCCACCACCCCCUCCCAGCACCGGGGAAGGAGACCUCCAUGAGGACUUUUGUGCCGUGUGCAGGCGCAGCGGCCAGUUGCUCAUGUGUGACACCUGUUCCCGGGUCUACCACCUACCCUGCCUGGACCCUCCUCUCAAACACAUUCCCAAAGGCAUGUGGAUCUGCCCCCAAUGCCAAGACCAGAUCCUCAAGAAGGAGGAUGCUAUUCCCUGGCCUGGAACACUUGCGAUCGUCCAUUCCUACAUUGCGUACAAAGAAGCUAAAGAGGAGGAGAAGCAGAAGCUGAUGAAGUGGAGUGCGGAGUUGAAGCUGGAGAGAGAACAGCUGGAGCAGAGAGUCAAACAACUCACCAACUCCAUUACGAAAUGCAUGGAGACCAAGAACACCAUCCUGGCCCGUCAGAAGGACAUGCAGGCCGCGCUGGAGAAGGUCAAGCACCUUAUCUGCCUCAUACAGAGCUUUGAGCGAAGCCAAACAACCCUGCAGCCCGAACCCGCACCUUCUCAACCCUCACAAGCCGAGGAAUCCUCAACGGCAGUCACCCCAGAGGUCAAGAUGGACGUGGCGACCUUGGAGGUCAACAUGGAGGUUUCCUCGGGAACCGGGACGGAGGUCGCCUCCGAAAGCACCUCCUCCGAGGCUGCAGUCGUGGUUGAUUCAGAGGUCAACUCUGAUGUUGCCAUGGAGGUCAGCACAGAGGUCGUCUCAGAGGUUAGCACAGAGGUUGCGGCAGAGGUCCACAUGGAAGUCACCUCAGAAGACAAGACGGAAGUCUUAGUCACCUCAGGUGUUGACUUGGCGACUGUCUCUGGUGUUGCCAUGGAGACGGUCUCAGCUGUCAUCAUGGAGGUUACACCUGGUGUCGCCAUGGAGAAUGCCUCUUCUGUCGUCAUGGAGCUUACCUCGGAAGUGAAUAUGGAGGACGUGUCCCAAACGGACAGUGCUGAGCCUACCUCUCGGGCUGAGCCUGGUUCUGAGGCUACACCAGAAGCUCAGGUGGUGGAGCCACCUGGUUCUGAGGUGGGAUCCGUGCCUGAACUACAACUCGUUCAGUCAGAGGCUAGUUCUGAGGCAGAACCUGCUUCUAAAUUACCACCAGGUACUGAGGUGAAGGCUGGGACAAAGGUGGAGGCUGACGCUAGUUCUGAGCAGCAGAGUAGUACUGCUGACGCUGAAGCCUCUGGUACGUCAACAGAACCUAUGAAGGUUUCGACCAAUGGAGAGACAGGACCUCACAUAGAGAGCUCAGUAGACAGCCACUCAGGUGCUGUGACACCCGAGGCAGCCGCACCUCCACUGCCCAGUAGCAGUCCUGAAAAAGUGGACAGUGUGGGGUUGGGGGAAGGGGUAGAGAAAUCUGACCAGAACAACUCCAGUAAUGGCAAAACCUUGCAACAGCUCCCCGAGCUCCCUCAGAAUCAAGCGGAGUCCCUUAAAUAACAGACGGCCUCUUCCUGACAACUCCCACAGAACUCCACUGCACCCAAGAGUGGUGCACUACGUUGCCAAUCUCUAUAUAUAAAUAUGAGUAUAUAUAUAUUUACAUAUAUAUAUGUGUAUGAACAGUUUUCUUCUUAUUUGGUUGGACUGGUUCUGUAAGGCCUUGUCAGCAGCACAUCCUGGGUCUGUGAUUGCAUACAUAGACCACAGUGCCCUCAUUGUAAGACUGUCAUGCCAACCUCUGCCCAGUGGGGGGCACCGAGUUGGACCAGUGUGGGGUGGAGCAUCCCACCAGCAUGUGCCUGCAGCUGAUUACCCUGAAACCAGGAAGUGGCCCAUAGAUUGGUCGAUGUGAUCUGUCAACCACCACCGACACCAGGUGUUGACCCAUGAUUGAUUGCUAAGUAACAACUGAAACUAGGGAUGGCUUGUGAAUUCCUGCUGCAGUCCAUCGGUUGGAUAGGCAGAUUGGUUUCAGUGAUCUCCCCUCAGCCACGUCUAAGACUGGCUGGUCGGUGAGUUGCAUAAGCCUUUUGGGUAACAUCUGCAGUCAUUAGGGUGACUGACUUGGUAGGUAAGUCUCCUACUCCAGCAGGAGCAGGUUGCACAUCGCCCACUAGAUCCCACACAUUCGCCCAUGUGGCUCCAUGUGUCCUAAAAAGGUGUCUGUUCACUGACAGGAAAGCAUCAGUAUUUGCUGUCCAGGCUUCAGGGCAAUCGCUGAGGUUAGAAUAGCUACUUCCUCAACACCAGUGGAGGCACCACAGCAGAGAGAAGAGAAAGCACUGAGGAGAAGCUGGUCUUUAGCCUCCAGCGAGACUAACGCAAGGGGACGUCCCAUAGGGGGGAAAAAAUCCAGAACAAUAGUUGGAGACGUCACGUGGGAAGAUCUCGAAAGGACAAUGUGUUAGAUUAGUUGUCAAAAAGAAUGACGUUUUGAAAAAAAAGGAAAAACAAUAUGGUGUUGGUCCUGUGUAGUGAACACUUUUUGUGUGUGAAUUGGUGUAUCAGUCCUGAGCGCUAAAUGUGGACAGUUGCAACCUUUGCAACGCCACGGUCACAGUAUGGCUUUACGGUGUCAUUCUGUCAUGGUAUGACACCAUGUCCAUUUCUGGGGAGUAUUGUUUUUUUUACAUAGAGGUGAAAAUAUGCAGGUCUUCCUAGUCUUCAGAAGUACAAGUGCUUUUUUGUUAGAUAAGUCAUGAAGUACAAGUGCUUCUUUUGUUUGAUAAGUCAUUCAUUUUUGAAAGGUGUUGACUGGUGCAGAUGGUGUAGACUCCUGGUCUAGUGGGAGGCCUUAGGCUUCUGAAGAAGGCCCAUGUUGGCUUUUGAACUGCCAAAUAUUUUUGUAUCCAAGUCAAAAAAAAAGGACACGUUCUUUUCUAAGGACCAGGUCAGACAGUAUCAAUUCUCAUUUACAUUAGCAUGAAUGUUGCACUGUCAUUGCUAACACGUGUGCUUUCCAAAUUUCUGUCUAAUUUGAUGGUUGAAAAGGGGAUGCAUAUAUUGCUGCAAUCUCUGAACCUAAAGCACAAAGUUGGAAGAAAAAGUGGAGAUUGCAUACACACUUGCAGUUGCAGACACACUUGAACAUUUUUCCUGCUUUUACGUCAAGUGUUAGCGUGUGUUUGUGAACGUAGACCUUAUUGUCGAUUCUGUAUCUUGUUCUGCGCUUGCCAAUAAUUCCUUAAUGUCCUUAAAGAAGUUGGAGACAAGGCCUUGUCCCAGCUUUACUUAUCAGUGCAGGGAGUGCUUAUAUACUCUCCCUCCCAUCUAGUCCCAACGUUAGACCCUCUUACAGAAACGGCUCCUGACCGUAUGCCACUGAAUGACUAUCCUCUUCAUGUUAGUCAAUGCAUUUCCCCACCGUUAACAAUUAACUCUGACACAAUCCUGAUGUUAGUACCUCGUUAGAACAGCUUUGGUCCACCAGAGGUCCCGGUAGUCUAAAUGUGUAGAUACUCCUUAGUCUUUUGUUUAACCACAUGACUGAUGCUAACAUGGCUUGCAAUCCUCCUUUCCAUGGGAAUCAGCACAGCUCUUUUUGACAUCAUUGGUUAGAUUACCUUGGGCUUUUUGUGAGUCUUUAUAAUGAAGUCCUGACACUAGGCUGGACUCGUCAUCUGCCCUUAGGCAACUGCAGCAGAUCCUCCAAGGAAAUCUUGAAAUGGCUCUGAUGUGAGGCCUGACAGUAGUCUUCCCCUUGUAGUCAUCCUGAUGCAAGUCCUGGUGAGUUGUCAAAUCAAUAACAGACAAAUAAAAACCUAACUCUAUCAGGUUCUGGCCCAAAGUUUGGAAUGGUCUUUUCCUUGCAUAUCUCAGCUACGUUUACUUGUAGCAUCAGGUCCAUGAAUUCAUAGUCUGAACAAAUUCUGCUGUCGUUUGUUCUUUGUAUUGCCGAUCUGUGUUUGACCGAUUCUUACAUUCCUUAACUGGAAACCUUUCCCCAUAGUUUGGAAUUGACCAGUCCUUGCAUUCCUUGAUUUGAUUUAGCCAAGCGUGACAUUCCUGAACUGGAAAAUCUCAGAAAAUCAACUUCAUUUCUCGGUCUCUCUGUGCCAGUAGUGGGUUCUAGUUUUUGUCCAUUUCUGGUCUUUCAGCAUCCCUAAAUUGACCGCUCGUGUGUCUUGUCUUGUUGAAGUAUAUCUGUGCAGCUGGCGGUGUGUAUCAUGUUUACAUUAAUUCAUGACCAAUUAACAUAUCCUAAAAAUGCUUUGGAUCAAGGGGGAAACUAGGGCCAAGGACCAUGGCCAACAGUGGUUUCUCUUAAAAUGUUAUUUGAACAGGUUCUUGAUGUAAUUGCACAAUUUAGAAAAAGGGGAUGCCGUUAUAAUGUAGGUACCGGGGGGGAUGAUGGGACCAUUGGUCAUCAUUGCAAUUUGUUAGGAGCUUUGACUUUGUACUUCGGUUUUGAGAUUUAGUGGCAAGAGCUAAGAUAAAUGGGUGGUUGCCCUCAUUGAAAUAACGACUAACGGCGGAAUUAUUACUGUUGCAAAUGAGCUGCAAACUUGCACAUUCAGUACUGUGAAAUUGCAUAUCUUCAUCUCACACGCAUUGGCCUGUGUCUUGGACAUCUUAUGGUGGGAGUGGUGUAUGUCUGCUAUUUUGUGUCCCACUUUGAACCCUCAUGUUCUGUUUGGAGCAACAUCACAUUCCCAUGUUGAAAGAUUCCCUUCUAUUCCUCAGUCAGAUCGUGUUCCACAAAUAGGUACCCAGAGUGCCUUGCCCCGCCCUCCUCUUUAAAAUGCCCCGCCUUCUUAAAUUGCCCAACUUCUAGUCUCCGCCUCCUGAAGUGCUCAUUUGUGGUUUCUCCAGCUGCACUGUGAGUUCCAUGGCCAUCUCCCUAAAGACAUCCAUGCACCUUGAUCACUACUCCCCUUAAAUAGUACACCCCUGUGAUGACCACUAGCCCCUUAACACCCCACCCCUGUAGAAAGACUAAGCAAUCCCCCUCCAUGGGACCUGAGAUCAACUCCCAUUCAUUGUGGGUUUUUCUUUCUUUUUUUCCUUUUUUUGUGCAUUUUUUGGUACCAUGGAAAAGCAUGUCUUAAGCGGUCCAUCAUCACCACUUUCCUUAUAUACCAGGGCCAUGGCUCCUUGGAUCACCACUUGGUGAUAUGAUCACCCCUACAUUGCACGCCCCUUUUAACCACCGUUCCUUUUACUUUCCAUGCCUCUUUGACCACCAUGCCCCACUAUGGUGGCCAGUCAAUCCCUGUUGAGAUGUGUUUCCCCAUCGAGUCUGGCUUCCCCCCUGGUCCUGAAGUUUAGAUCUUAAAGCACAUCCUGCUGCUCAUGCUCUGUAGUGAGUCGGGCUCUGAGAGAGGUGCUCUUGUCGCCAAGAACCCCAAGGGGUGCACGUAGCUGUGGUGUUAGCCGUUAGCUUUGAGUUGAUUUGAUGAAACUGCCUUAAGUUAUUUUUAUCCAUGAUGAAAUGUCCAACAUUUUAAAAGGAAAGGAGGAAAACUAAAAUAAAAUAAAAACUGAGGUGGCUUAAGAGUCUUAAAUUGUGGUUAAUGUGAAGGUGUGUGUAACAAGAGGUGCUUCAACUUAAGCCACCAUCUCUACAGUUUGCGAGAUCAAACUCAAGUGUGAACAUUUUUAUUUUUAUUUCUUUUGUAAGUGGAAACUACUUAGGUGUAAUUUGUGUACAUAUUGACCUUCAUGUAUGCACUUUUUAUAGCCCAGUUUGUUUUUAGUUGGCCUCCUGUCUUGAGCGCCUUGGUCUGUCUGCCCCCCCCCCCAUACGUUAGACUCAGACCAGGGAGUGAAAAGUCCUAUCUCAUUCUCAGGUCCCAGUGCCGAGACCGACUCCUCUACAAACACCGCCCCUCCCCCUCUCUCUCACAGACAAACAAACACACACGCACCUGACGUCCUGAGGAGUGCCUGUGCUUCUGGAAAUAUCUACACACCUCUUGUUAUUAGUCCUCAUGGCCACAAUCUUUCAGCCUCGCAUUCCCCUCUCACUGACUCAUUCAUUAGCUCACUCUGGGCUCACUUUGCUUUGGGUAUCAUCAGGUGAAUUCACUUCAGACUGUGAAGAACUCUUAUUGUUGGUUUUGACGAGCUGCCUGUUAUUGUUACCCGAUCUGUGAUCUGACAAGAUGGAAAGGUCACAGAAGGGUCCCCCGGAGAGCAUGCCUUUUUUAUGCAAGUGUUUUUAUAUACGAUUAUUUUCAGGUCUCUCUUUUUUAAUAUGCAUUUUACUUUUAUUGUUCAUGUUAAAGCUUUAUGCAAAAGUGUAUCUCCAUUUAUUUUUUUGUUGUUUUCUAUAAACACACUGGCAACAUAAUGCCAAAUGUAAAAUGUCGAAAAACAGACUUGUCAUUCUCCAGGAAUGUGAUGAUUUUAAAAAGAACAACAAAAAAAACAUUUCAGAUGCAGCAUCUCAGAGCCUGUGCGUGUGCGAGCGUGUUUUCAGUCAUGCGGUCAUCCGACUCUUGUCACAUGCAGGAGUGUGUCUGUGUGUUGUAUCUUAAAGUUAUUGCAGGAAAAUUAGACACUCUCCAUUCGACACUUACUUUGACAUCAGUAUACCCAAAGAGAUGGACAAUUCCCUGUUAUUUUGGCCAUUGGAAUUGUAUUCAUCCCAACACUUACAUGCCCUGCACACAUAGAUUACGCCGUUUCUGGGACACUUGAGUUUCAUGCAGUCACAAGCCAUCAUGUCAAAGCAAGGACCGGUCGUGGGCAGCAUGAAGGCAAAUAUGAUGUUUCAGAGUGGGGUGGGCUAAGAGAGACCGUGUGUAUGUGUGUUGUUUUGGGGAUGAGGGGGAUAUAGGGGAUUGGAAGAUGGGGGGCAAGGGAGGAAUUCUAAUGGCGGGGUGCUGCCUUUCUUGAACCUUGUCUCAGCCCCCCUUGUUUGGGCAUUCCAUGGCCUUUUUUGACUUUCUAUUUUGUACAUGGCACAUCUGACUACAUUCCACGACUUUUUUUUGGUUUUCUGUUUUGUUUUUAUGUUGAUGUCAUGUCAUUACUGUGGCCUUGUCUUCUGAUGCAUUUCAUCUGAUGUUGUAAUAAUACUGUUGACAUCCUCACCGGUGUAGCCCUGAGCGCGUGCGGUACCUUGUUUGCAGGACACACAAUUGACUUUUUCAUGUAAAUUGUGCAAAAAAAAGGAUUUUAAAAAAGAAGAAAAAAACCUCUUCCACUUGGUUUCCUCUCAGAUGGGGCCGCACAGUAGCGAUAUUAUAAACCCUGCUCAGCUGCUGCGCUGAACUCUGUGUAAAUUGUUUAUUACACAAUCUGGAUAUUUGUAAAAUUGUUUGUAUUUUUUCAUGAUGAUUUUAAAGAGAUAAGAAGUGUGAUUAUUUUUUGACUUUCUGUUACAGAUCUUUCUUUGUUUGUUUUUUUUUGUUUGUUUUUUUUUUCGUUUUUUAUUUUGCGUUGGCCUGACAUUGUGAGUGAACCUGCUGGGUUUCUUACCUCCUCUCGAGCCGCUGUGAUAAGUUAUUUGUAUGCAGUGUUUAGAAAAAAAAUACUGUAGGGAACGUGGGGAUAAGUUGAUAUUAGGAGCAUUUGAUCAAUUUGUAUUUAUUUAUUUUAUCAUUUUGUUAAUAAAUUGUUAAAAUGAAUCAUUA